AUGCUUCACGCUAAUAUGUGCGCGUGUUCCCACGCCUUGCGCGCACCUGCGCUUUCUCGGUCAAACGCACUUGUCGUCUCAAAUACAGUCAGGAGCCUCGUUUGUGCCUCACUGUAUUGUUGUUUCUACAUCGCCAAGGAAGCGGCACCAGUCAAAUCAUCUUUGCCAGCAAGACUUCCUCCUGUGGUGAAAGGUUCCCGCCAAUGCUGCAAGUCUGCCGCAAGUCAGCUUGAGGGCACAUUGGAUGAGAAGAUGAAUGAGAUGAAUGUAGGUCCUGCGCCGAAAAUGGGGAUUCCUUAUGUUGUGAUCCCGCCUGCUCCCAAGAUCAUCAAGGCUGUCCCGAAGAAUGCAGGCACUGCCACCUCCAGCUCCCCCAAUGUCCUUGAGGAAGACGACCAUACCAACCUGAGAUCGCUGGUAUGGGAUCCAGGAUGCAGUUCCUGUGUUCAAAGGCAGCUGGUCUGCCGCCAAGGAUUCAACACCACCAGCGGCAAGUUGGCUGUUUGUGUAUGCUACCACCGCUUGAAACAUCACUGCGGCGGCAAGGGCUCAGCUCCUCUGCAGAGGGGUAAGAAAUCUACAGCGACUGUCGCUCACUGCACAAGGUUGAAGUCCUGCCAGCGUCCAUUACUGGUUCAUGUUGCCGAAGUCACAAAUGAACUCCCGCACAUGGACCCUGUAGCCACCAUCACUCAAGGACCUGCAGCAGGUGACCAGGCUCACACCAAUGUCACUAUGAACACCGCCGAUGCUAUCCCAGCCACUUCCUCCGAUUCUACCAUCGCACUUCUUGCUGCUGCCACCAAUGUCACUGUCACUUCCAGUCCUGCAGCUGACAUGGAUGCCACUACCACUGCGACUCCUGCCACCAAGGCCAGUACAUCAGUCCUUUCCCUGACGGAUGAGGUAGCAGCACUGAAGGCAAUUGUGAGUUCUCUGCAGGAGAAGCAAGAGGCAACCUACACACUGCUCGCCAAGCAGAUGGCAGAACUUCAACAGGAAUUACUCCUGACAUCUUCAGUUUGUUUGCCAGUGAUCAUUGGCAAGCACUGUGCCUCUCUAGUACCUAUUUCUAAUUCUGGCAUUGAUGCAGAGGAUGCUCCAGCUGAGUCGGCAUCCAUAGCAUCUACCACACAUGAAUGA